CCAGCCCAAAAAACAAAACAAAUAACGAAAAUCUCGAAUUAGGGUUUUUCACUCAUUCAUCUCUCUAACAAUUCUCACACCUUCAUCAUCUUGCUGCAUCAAUGGUAGGAGUUGCAUUCGACGUAGGAGCCGUUCCUUACAAUCCCGACGGAUGGGGUCCAAUGGAUUCCAUAACCGCCGCCAACAACAACAACAACCUUCCACUCAAUGUCCCUUACGCCCCUUUCAAUCGCUCCGACAAAUUAGGUCGAAUCGCCGAUUGGACCCGAAAUUUCAACAACCAAACCCGAAACAGAAACCCCGCUGAUUCCGCUUUCGAUUUCACUCUCGACGAUUCUUUCCCUGCUUCUGCCGAUGACGACAAUACUUUCCGUCUCGUCGACGGUAAACCACCACCAAAACCUAAAUUCGGCCCCAAAUGGCGUUACCAGCAACAGAAACAACUUCCUCAACGUCGCGAUGAAGAACUUGAAACUAGGAAACGUGAGGCGGAGAAAGAUAAAGCUCGUCGUGAUCGUCAAUAUCAUCAGAAUCGUUCAAACCCUCAUAACAAUCGUCGUGAAGCUGCAGUUUGUAAAUCGUCUGUGGAGAUUCAGCCGGAGUGGAAUAUGCAUGAUCAGAUUCCGUUUUCGACUUUCACCAAGCUUUCUUACAAUGUCCCUGAACCUGAAGAUCUUCUCAUGUGUGGUGCUCUUGAGUAUUAUGAUCGUUCUAUUGAUCGAACCAACCCCAAGAAUGAACGUAGGCUCGAGAGGUUUAAGAAUCGGAACUUCUUCAAGGUUACUACCAUUGAUGAUCCUGUUAUUAGGAGGCUUGCUAAUGAGGAUAAGGCCACGGUUUUUGCUACCGAUACUAUUCUUUCAACACUUAUGUGUGCUACUAGGUCUGUUUAUUCAUGGGAUAUUGUUGUUCAGCGUGUUGGGAAUAAGCUAUUCUUUGAUAAGCGUGAUGGGUCACAGUUGGAUUUGCUUGCUGUUCAUGAGACUUCACAGGAGCCAUUGCCCGAAGCUAAGGAUGAUAUCAACUCUGCGCAUUCAUUGAGUGUUGAGGCUGCUUAUAUUAAUCAGAAUUUCUCUCAGCAAGUGUUGGUUAGGAAUGGGAAUAAAGAUACUUUUGAUGAGCCUAACCCUUUUGCUAAUGAGGGUGAAGAGGUUGCUUCGGUUGCGUAUAAGUAUAGAAGGUGGAAGCUUGAUAAUGAUAUGUAUCUUGUUGCUAGGUGUGAGGUGCAUAGUGUUGUUGAAUUGAAUAAGCAAAAGUCAUUCCUUACUGUGAAUGCUUUGAAUGAGUUUGAUUCAAAGUAUUCGGGUGUUGAUUGGAGGCAGAAGUUGGAAACUCAAAGGGGUGCUGUUUUGGCUACUGAGCUUAAGAACAAUGCUAACAAGUUGGCUAAGUGGACUGCACAAGCUCUUUUGGCUAGUGCUGAUAUGAUGAAGUUGGGUUAUGUGUCGAGGAUUCAUCCUCGGGACCAUUUUAAUCAUGUUAUCUUGGGCGUGGUUGGAUAUAAACCCAAGGACUUUGCUGCUCAAAUUAAUUUGAACACUAACAAUAUGUGGGGGAUUGUUAAGUCUAUUGUGGACUUGUGUAUGAAAUUGAAUGAGGGGAAAUAUGUUAUUGUGAAGGAUCCAUCUAAGCCUCAGAUUAGGAUUUAUGAGGUUCCGGCUGAUGCAUUUGAGAACGACUAUGUGGAGGAGCCAAUUCCGGAAGAUGAACAAGUUCAGCCUACUGCAGAGGGUGCUGAUGGUGGAGAGGAAGCUGCUGUUGCUGCUACUACAGAUGACGUGGAAGAUAAGCCGGUCGAUGCUCAAGCUUAAAAGGCUUAUUGGCGAGUUAAUGGUCCUUCACUUGGGAAUGGAACUACGCUCAGAAUCAUCUUCACUUUUCCACUGCUAUUUGUCGGCCAAGAUUUUGCCAUUUAACCUUGUGAUAUUCCUUUAGAACAAAUUUUUAAAAGCAUACUGUUGAUUCUUUAGAUGCUACAGCUGUUUAUGAUCUAUAAACCUGGCAUAUUAGGUGGGAACCAUGACGUUUUAAAAUUGUGUCAUGUUUUUGAGUUUAUCAUUUUUGCAUUGUGCUUAGGGUUAUUUGCGAAGUGCUUGUUUGAUGUUUUAAAGUGAUUUUGCAAAAAUGACAUUUUGCCUGUUUACACGUU